GUGUCUCUUUUACAACUCGGCAGCAGGGUGUCUGAAGGGCGACUCGUGCAAGUACUGCCAUCAUACAGCGACUGCGCAGGAGACAGUUCUCUCGGCGCGACGGCCACGCAAUAAGCGGAGAAAGAAUCUUCGACAGGCCAUUUGGCAGUUGCUUCAACAGGUGGAUAUUGAGACACAGACCCCUCAGGAGGUAGUAGACCAGUUGCAGCAGGAGGCUCAUCGAACAGAAUAUGCGCGUUGGGUAUGUCGAUGUGGUGUAGCAUACUUAGUGAGUGUCCGCGGCUUCGGUGGCGGUCGUGGGGGAGAUGGAGCAGCCAGGUGCACGGCCCAGCACUGCUUUUCAUUGUAA